AUGAAAAAAGCUUUUGCAGAUAAAGCUACCAAAGCCGAAGAUAUUACAGAUGAUUUUGAAGCUAGUGUGGAUAGUGUUGAUUUGGAUGAAGUUGAUGUUCUACAUUUAUUAGACAUUACAUCUUGGUCACCUAAUUGUUUAGAGCAUUUCAAAAUAUUGAAAUUCAAGAAGACAUUUGUAUUG